AGCUAUUUCGGUAAAAAGCGCCUUACGGUUUUGUAAUGGAAGUUACACUUCUGUAUGUCUUUAUUCUGUGGUCGCUCAUUUCUCCAUUUCAUUUUAGGUCGUGGAAGCGCUCACGAAUAUUUACGCUCAUCCUUGUCGUGUUCGGGAUAACGCAAAUUGCUUUCGUGGUCACGUGGCAUUAUCGCGAACCAAUAGCAAAACGAGAAGCGUUCAGGAUACGUCAUAUAAAGCGAAACAUAAAUGCAGAAGCUUCCACUCACAGUCACAGAAAACUGAAAAUUUUCACCGAAUUUAAAGGUACAUCAGAUCAAUUCUCGAACAACCUGAAGGCGGGCUUUGGCGGGCAGAUUUCGAUAGAAUAUUCUGUUGACGAAGAAAUCAAUUUUAAUUAUGCCAAAGCUUCGUUCCCGAGAAAAAAUGAUUUCUCGAAGCUCGACCCUAAAAAGCAGGCGGCACAAAAGCCUACGGGUUACCUGCGGGUGUACUCGCGGUACUGGGAACAAAUGACUAUGAAUUUGCGGGCGUUAAUCGGCUUGGCGGGCCAGGCUAAAAUCGGGGGGAGAAAAGUCCUAGAGCCUGGAGUAAGGGACUCCGGGUUUGGCCUACAUGGCCAUUCUUUGGGAAUAUAUUUUGAUCUAAAUCACUUCAACAAUAUCUUAGCUUCAAGCGAUUACGCAACCCUAGCCAAUCGGAACGAGUACGAUAGCGCAUGCUCAUUGGCUAAUGCCAGCCACGUGACCAUACACUUCCUCUACCCUCAAAAAGGUGUCGACUUUACCAAAGGAAAGAUGCAUUUAAAUAACAAGGAGUAUAAUGAUAUCAGUUCUAAGGCAAGCAAAAAAGGCUGGACCGAAUGUACAGCUCUAACGAAUUUUAUCAAAGAGAGUUCAAAGUCGAAACAGUUUUGCGUUGACCCCAGCAAGUUCACGAAAUGGGAAAAUCUUGAAAAAGAUGUCAUCAAAGGCGCCAAGUGUUUAACAAUCGGCACUUGGCGGGGAAUCGGUGGCGGAUUUCGAACGUUCUUCGGCGAAAAUGAAUUUAAGAUUAAAUCUCGGGAUAUUCAAUUCGCGCUCAAACCGCCCUUGUCCAUUUUGAAGGAAGCAAAGAGGUUUCAAAAUAACGCCAUACGCGGUCGUUAUAUUGCAGUGCAAGUCCGCGGAGAGCGUGUCGUGAUCCCACACAAUCUUAACCGACUCCGAAGUUGCCUGCGUCUCUUGGCCGAAGUUGUGAGCACGCUCAAAGAGUUAUCAGAUAUCACUCAUGUUCUCAUUGCUUCGGACAUGUCCAACUUUGGCUCUGGCUCUUGGAAAGGUUCAUUAAAGGGAGAGGUUUACAACGACAACACUUUAAAGGAUCUUCACAGUUUUCUUAUGUCAAGUACCGGUGGUAUCGAGUACAAGCCUGCCGCUGACGAUGUUGAUCGCGGCGUAGUUGCGUUGGUUGAGAUGGCUCUUAUUGCGCGUGCGCAGCAUUUGAUAACAAUAGGAACAGGUUCUUUCCAGGAAUGGAUCAAAGCGAAAUUCUUAGAACAGCAUCGCGAUGAUGACCGACCUUCAUGGUCGCUAAUUACUAUGUGUUCAAAGUAAAGAUAUAUUUUGAGUUAUAAAAGCAACUAGUUAGUUUUGAAUCGGUCGAUGCCAAAGGUGUGCAUCGGAUCGGAUUUUAAACAUUAGCCAAUGGACCAUUUGCAUUAUAGACUAAAUUUUGAUCUAGACAAAAAUUUCAUUACAGCUUGAAAGAGCAUCACAAAAUUAGUAAUAUUCCAAAGUUUCGUUGCGAAAUGUUGUAAAAUGCGGAUAAUAUAGCCAUGCGAAGUUUGCCGUUUUUCAGUCAUUUUAUAUUACGCACGGGAAAUUGACAGCCCAAUCGGGUGUUGGGGCAUCAAUUUCCCGUUUGUAAUACAAAAUGACUGAAAAUUGCAAAUUUCGCA